UGUUAUUAACCGGUGAAGUGUUUGUCCACCAUGGUUGGGACAUUCCCGCUUCUGUCAGUGCAGCCAAUGCGGGGGCUCGUGGAUGAGAAGAUCCAGGUAGUUGCGAGGAAUUUACCGCCAGCGCUCUCAGUGACACUACAUUCCCUUCAUCGCUCUGAGGAUAAGGACCUUUGGGAGGCGUUCGGCCAUUACACCAGCGACGGCCAAGGCACGGUGACAGUUGCUAAGGAUGCCAGUCUUGGAGGAACAUAUGAAGGAGCAGAGCCCAUGGGUCUACUGUGGAGCAUGCAGCCUGUUCCAGGCAGUCGGACAGGCCUCAGGUUGAGAAAGAUGGAUGUCCUCACUCCUAAUGUGGUACACAUCUCUGUGUACAGUGGGCACAUGACUGAGGGCUUCAGCAAGCAGUCUCCCCUAGCGACCGUUGUCACAGAACGAUGGUACAUGGCACCGGGUGUGUGCAGAAUUGACAUCAGGGAACAUGGAGUCCGAGGGACCCUCUUUUUACCCCCAGGUCCUGGACCCUUCCCUGGGGUGUUGGAUAUGUGGGGAGGGGGUGGGGGGCUGGUGGAGUACCGCUCCUGCCUCCUGGCGUCACACGGUUUUGUUUCCAUGGCGCUAGAGUACCUUCCCUAUGACAUGAACAGAACCUCAGACAUCGAAUCAAACACCUACUUUGAGAACGCGUUCAGGAUUGUGCAGGAGCACCCCCUGGUGAUGAAGGACAGAGUUGCUCUGUUUGGUCUCUCCUUUGGCACGUUCGUCACCCUCAACUUGGCAGCCGACUCCAAAGACCUCAGCCCCAAAUGCUGUGUGUGUAUCAGUGGGAGUCACAUCAACCCUGUCAACAAGGCUAUCCGCGAGGUGUUUGGAAAGAUGAACAAGUGAGUGGUGGAUGGGUAUAAGACCCGAUUUGAUGAAGAGGGCCGUGUGGUCUGGAGAGACAUCAUUCUGCCCAUCCCAACCGACCUUGGAGAGAAAGU